UUGCCGUGAUGUCCCCACCUCUCUCUCCGUGGAAUUUCGUGUGGAAAUUCAUUCAUGUCGUAAUUCAUUCAUCUCACCACACUUGUGAUGUGUGACGUGUUGGUAUAACCUUCUUUUGUUUUUCUUUUUUUUUCCUCCUUUUCUUUACAUAAACACCAUUUUGCGGGGAUGAAAUGAGUAGAUAUUUCAACCAUGGGUUAUACGUACGUACGGCGAUCGGGCCAAGACGAAGACGAUUACGCUGAAGAAGCAGGCCCGUAUCAUCAAGACGCUGCGCGGGCUGGAGAUGAACAAUCCGGACAGCUCCAAAUUUCGGUUCUGGGUGAAAACGAAGGGUUUCACUACCUCCAAGCCGGGAGACUUUCAGGACAUCUUUACUCAUCAGAAUAUCCCCGAAAACGAUGGCUGCAUGCUGUACGCUCCCAGUGGAGGUUUGGAACCUGGCCAGCCGUACAAGAAGGUGGCCGUUGUGGAGAACUUUUUUGACAUCAUCUAUGGCGUGCAUGUGUCGCUCGGUAGCCGCGCGACGAGACAUGCCGGUCAGAAGCGAACCUACCGUACGAUUACAGAAACGUACGCCUUUUUACCGCGGGAAGCCGUCACCAAGUUCCUGUCACUGUGCAGCCAGUGCUCCAAGCUUACCACCAAGGUGUACCUGCCAAAAUCCGAGCCCAGGAUGGAGCCACGCAACGACGACACUGUGCCGCCGAGUGAACGAAUCCCCCGACCGAGGGAGGACGCGGCAUUGCAGUGUAGCAAAACCACCGACCGAAGCCAAUCCUCCCUUCGGUACUACGAGCUGCUGAAGAAUCUGUACGAAAAUGGCAAAUCUAACCGAUUGCGCAGUGGUGGAGCUGUGACACCGGCACAGCUAACCACAGACGGUGUGGAGAGCGGGAAGCCCCCGAUCGUGCGGGCUGUGUCACGACCCAACAGUGCCGUUAGUGAAGUGUUGUCUAGUGAUCGAGCAGCAGCAGCAGCAGCAGGUGGUGGUGGUAAUGAGCUCAGUGUUACAGUGUGUGCAAGUGAACGGAACGGAUCGCGGGACCAUCUUCCGGCGGUGGGAUUAAACAAUAAUAACCGCAGUGAAAAAGGUGACGACGGGAAGCGACGACGACGCCGUACCGUACCCAUCGCCGCGACGUACCUGGACGUGACGAGAAGCUUCGGGCUGGCGGACGACGAUGCGUUGAAUGUGGUGAGUCUGUUCUACUACUUCUAUGGGUAUUUCAGUAUGGAACGCCUUUACAGUGGGGUGUAGAAGCGGAUGAUGUGCCAUUGCCACCGUUACC